AUGAUUGGAAACGAGCUAGCGCAACAAGGUAUUUCAUGGCAUUUUAUACCCCCACGGGCUCCUAACUUUGGAGGCUUGUGGGAAGCUGCAGUGCGCACUGUUAAAAGUGCCCUCAAAAAGGAAAUCGGCUCGUAUCACCUAUCCUUUGAAGAUUUCUCUACUCUUCUCGUUCAGAUUACAGCAGCACUCAAUUCAAGGCCAUUAGUUCCGCUUUCGGAUGACCCUCUAGAUGUUGAUGUGCUGACUCCAGCCCAUUUUCUUAUUGGCUCUACCAUGACGGCACUCCCCGAAACCGAUCUGCGCGCCAUCCCCACGAAUCGACUAACCCACUACCAGCAAAGGCAGCAAUUAUUCCAGCGAUAUUGGCAGAGAUGGAGUAAGGAAUACCUCACCGAGAUGCAAAUGAUUAACAAACACCGGCAACACAUUUCCAUUAAUGUUGGAGAUUUGGCUGUUCUACGUGAGGAUAAUCAACCACCACUAUAUUGGCCCUUGGCAAGAAUUACUAAGGUGCAUCCAGGAAAUGAUGGAGUCGUCAGAGUGGUUACUGUAAGAACCAAAAACGGUAUCUACAAGCGUCCUGUGUGCCGAAUAUGUCCAUUGCCAUCGAAUUGUGAUCUAUUACAAAACAGACCAGGAAUUUAG